AUGUGGAGUGGAGAAUGCUUACCGCCCUUUUCCGAUAAUGGGAUACUUAAUGUGGUGCCACCAAAACCUCAUGACAUCGUUCCAUCCAUUUCAAUGUCAUCGUUCCCUGAGCGUCUCGGAAUUUCUGAUAUGGUUGUACCGUCAUUGACGGAGCGUAAUGUCAAUAUGGGUUCAUAUGGCAUCACGGGACCUCAUGGUUUUGAGUGUAGAUACCAACACGAG